CUGGGCGGCCACGCUGGUCGACUCGCUCGACACGCUGUGGAUCAUGGGCCUCCGGGACGAAUUCGACGAGGCCGUUGCGGCCGUGGCCGAGAUCGACUUUGGAAAUUCCACGUCGCCGACCGUCAACAUCUUCGAGACCAACAUCCGCUAUCUCGGCGGGCUGCUGGCCGCAUACGACCUCAGCGGGCGGUCAGUGCUGUUGCAGAAGGCCGUCGAGCUGGGCGACCUCAUCUACGGCGGCUUCAACACGGAGCACAGGAUGCCGGUCGACAUGAUCAACUUCGAGGCUGCCAAGGCCGGGACGGGGCUUGUUGUCGAGAACACGGUCGUGUCGGCAUCGCCGGGGACCCUGACGCUCGAGCUGGCCCGGCUGUCCCAAAUAACGGGCGAUCCCAAAUACUACGACGCCAUCACCGCCGUCGUCGAGCUCUUCUACCGCGGCCAGAACCAGACGGGCCUGCCGGGCCUCUUCCCCAUGUUCGUCUCCAUGCUGCGCGGGGACGUCACAACAGGCGACACCUUUACGCUGGGAGGUUGUGCCGACAGCCUGUAUGAAUACUUCCCCAAGCUGCACGCCCUUCUAUCCGGUGCCGACCCCCGCCUCCCAGUCCUCACACGGACCUUCAUGGACGCCGCCAAGCGCCACCUCUUCUUCCAACCCAUGGUCCCCCCUUCUUCUAGUGCUUCCACUUCCUCGUCGCACAACGAUAACAACGACAAAAUCAGCAACAAAAGAAAUGACAUCCUCAUCAGCGGAACCGUGCACCUCGACUACCAGACCGGCGAGCCCCACCUGGACCCGGAGACAGAGCAUCUGACCUGCUUCAUCGGCGGCACCUUUGCCCUGGCCGGGCGUCUGCUGCACCGCGAGGAGGAGGUCCGGGUCGGCGCACGGCUCACGCGCGGCUGCGUGUACGCCUACCGCGCGUUUCCCACGGGGCUGAUGCCCGAGCGCUUCAGCAUGGUGCCUUGUGGACGUGGUACGCAGGACGACAACGACGGAACGACGGGGAAGCCGUGCAAGUGGGACGAGCACAAAUGGGCGGAAGAGCGUGAUAAGCAGUUGCAGUUGCAAGGAGCCGAGUCCGAAUCCGAGUCCAACAACAACAACAGACCGGAACAGCAGCAACAGCAUCUGCUGCCCAAGGGCUUCACCCGAGUCCCUGACAAGCGCUACAUCCUCCGUCCCGAGGCCAUCGAGAGCGUGUUCUACAUGUGGCGCAUCACGGGUGACGCCGAAUGGCAGGACGCGGCAUGGGAUAUGUUCCGGGCCGUGGCCGAGUCGACCGCCACAGAUUUGGGCGCCGCGGCCGUGGUGGACGUCACCACCACCGCGGCCAAGCCCGAGCUGGAGGAUUAUAUGGAGAGCUUCUGGAUUGCCGAGACGCUCAAGUACUUCUACCUCGUCUUCUCGCCGCCCGACCUGAUCAGCCUCGACAAGUAUGUGCUCAACACGGAAGCCCAUCCUUUCCUACGGCCUACGUAGCAGGGCCUAAGAGUAAGACUAGUAGCUGUAAGACAGGAAAACAGAUUUCUUGGAUAAAGAAGUUUGAUGUACGGUCUCUUUUGACAACGUGUUGGUAACCAAGGCAUACUUGGUUAGGGGGACUUAGGGGAUGGAUGAUGCUGAGGUUGGGGGGAUAUACCGUAUGGGUCAUAGUCUUUAAAGCCCAUCUCUUUGAAUAUCACAAGUUAAC